GGUCUUAUCGGUCCAUGGGUCAUGCUGUGGUUCUUUUCCUUAUUAUUACAGUGAAAUCAAAUAUCUUAUCGGGGGUCGGCGUAUUGGUGGUUAAGUAUAUAAAUAUUUAAACACUGCAUUUUCCCCAUCUUUUUKUCAGUAUAUUUCACAAAUGGUGAACGCGACUCGGGAAGAAAAGUGGCAUCUCCACUAGAAUAUCUCCAUACGGUCAACCGAGGAAUUUCCAAAUYUCGAUUUCUAACUGCAGCAAUGGUAAAUGCGACUUUUUCUAGAUUCGAAGACACUCUCCCUAAAAAGAUCAUUAAGACGUGUCGUGAACAUCUUAUAUAGCAAUAUUUGGUUGAUUGAAGGAGACUUUGGACUAGCUCUCUGUAAGCUCGCACYUCACCUGCAAGAUGUUUCUUUGGCUGUUUCGAUUUACAGCUGUGUGUUUAUCGCUCUCGAUCGCUUCUACGCUGUAGUUYAYCCACUCAGAGGAGGUUUGAGCAAGGGAAAACUCAAGUACAUCAUUGUAGGGAUCUGGAUGUUUUCUCUGUCCAUGUUUUCCACAUAUUUCUUCACUCAGACGCUUGGGAAGACAGGAGAUUCGACAAACUGCAUCAUAGAUUUUACAAGAAUUGGUAUCACAACAAUCCUACACCGUAGAAUUUAUUUCCUGCUAAUAUCAGCGCUGAAUGUUGGAAUCCCAUUACCUAUCAUCUCUUUCCUCUACUUACGUAUCGCUCUCAAGCUCCGACGAGCUGCUGUACCAGGACAAGCAGGGAACACUUCAUUUUUGAGGGAGCGUCAAAACAUAAACGGCAUCAAAAUGUCAGCCAUGGUUGUCAGCAUUUUCUUUCUCAGCUUUUUACCUUUUACAGUGACCAUGUUGCUGUGGCUUUUUGGAAACCUUGAUAACUUAUCACCGUCUGCAACGAAACAUUUAUUUUUUUCAGUGAUUUUCAUAAACGAAUCCUGUGGCUGUUACAACUUUUUCAUCUAUUUGGUUUUCACUCAAGUUUAUCGACAGAAUUUCAAAGACUUGCUUUCAAAAUGUACCUGUGUCAAUCCUUGUUCAGGAGGAUUUCGCACCAAUUCCUUUCCUCUUGAGAAUGUGGACCCAGUUGAACAAGAAGAAGUGGACGUAGAUGGGUUAAAUGAACCGAAUUAACUGGAAUAUUGAAUGAGAAUACUGUUGUAUAUAGUAGUACAUUUCUUCCUUGAAGYACAGAUAACUGAAAUUUUAUUCUCAAAAAUCAUCCUACGUUCUAUUCCUAAAGUUAUUCCUACUGACAUUAACUACCAUGAACUGAGAUGAAUUUAUGAAUAUUUUUUUAAAAAUUGAUUGUUUAUAGACUGUUGAGACACAGAAACAGUGCAGCACAUUAGUAAUGAUUAAGGGCCUGUCUUAGAAAGUCUUUUUUCAAAUUUUUACUGAAGCGUUCUAGAAAAUACAAGUUUCAACUUCCAGAGGUUUUUGGUAAAAUAGUGCAGGAAUAUAUGGUGCAUAAUUGUAGAGUCUUUGGUUACAAGCAUGAGCGUUGUUACAACGAUAGAAGACUACUCUGACUAAUUUUUGAUGUAUCGCCACGCCAAAWAAAUAAAUAAAUAAAAAUC